GUUGGCUUCACUUUCGGUCAAGUUUACGGGCACGCGCUAUUGCGAGAUCAGAAAGGAGUGCGAUCGCGUUCAAUUCCAAUGGCGUCGACAAUCACAUUGGUCGUUCAACCCCGGGGAAAACCCAUUAGGAAGCUUCCAAAGGAACUUCAGAUUGGUCCCAAUGCUUCUACUCAAGAAAUCUAUAGCUCACUCGCGGAAGCUUCGGGCUUCUCCAUCCACCGUUUGAGGAUCACCAAGGGAAGCGAUCGAACAGUUGUCCCCAAUGCAAAGGGCGCGAGUAUCAAUGAUAUUGGUCUCAGGGAUCAGAGUGUGGUUCAUGUCAAGGAUCUGGGCCCCCAGAUUGCAUGGCGCACAGUCUUCAUUAUCGAGUACCUGGGACCUCUUCUCAUCCAUCCUCUGUUUUUGUUCCCUCUCCGGCCAUAUAUCUACUACAACUUCGACAAGCCUCUACCCGAGCCUUCCGACCUGCAGCUACUGAUCUGCGGGCUUUUAACCGUUCACUUCGUCAAGCGAGAGCUCGAGACUCUCUUUGUCCACCGUUUCAGCAAUGCCACUAUGCCCGUCCGCCACAUCUUCAGGAACAGUGCUCACUACUGGGUUCUUGCCGGCUUCAACAUCGCGUACUGGGUUUUCCGCCCCGACGCGGCUGCUGCCACCAACAAACCCAACCCUGUCCUCCUCUACAGCGGUCUUGCGCUUUUCGUCUUCGGCGAGCUGGCUAACUUGAAUACCCAUCUGGCGCUUCGCGACCUGCGUCGACCGGGUACUACCGAGAGGGGCAUCCCAUCCGGCUUCGGAUUCAACCUUGUGACCUGCCCCAAUUACUUGUUCGAGAUCAUUGCCUGGAUUGGCGUCUAUCUGGUCAGCGGAAUGAGUUUGAGUGUCUUGUUCUUCAUAACUAUUGGAGGUUCUAUAAUGGCUAGCUGGGCCGCCAAGAAGGAACGCCGCUAUCGCAAAGAGUUCGGUGACAAGUACAAGCGCAAGAGGUUUGUCAUAAUCCCCGGAAUCUUCUAAGUAGUAGAUUCGGUGAUUAGACCAACCUGCGUAUGGAAAGCCAGCCAUUCCUGCGGGAAUAUGGCCAUGUCACGGAGCAUCCGGUGAGACACUUGCCAGCUAACAAGGGUUGCUGUGACGCUACACGCAAGAAAGAGAGGGUGCUUGGUGGGGGAAUUACUUCUUAUGCACGUCAAAUUUCCACUUGCAGCAGUUAACGAUGAGGACAUAUGCUCUUCAUUAGGCGCUCGCAAACUCCCGAUAUGCCUUACGCCAAAUAGUUGCUAGAAUAAGGAGCGAUGGAAAAGAGAAGUCUCAUCAUAUAAUCCCAUUAGUGAACCAAAUCCAACGUUUG